AUAUGAAAUAGGACGGCCUGUACAAGCUGUAUCCCGACUUUCGAGAAAUUACAAUAGGAAAGUAUUAAAAGCCAUUUGUUGGAAAAGCCAUUUUCGCCACGGGUUCUUCUAUUCAAUCCCUUCUUCAUAGUAAAGAACCCUCGACUCUUCCAGCCGGAAUUUCACACCGGAAUCCCAGGUCCGGGCUGGAAAAACAGAGAGGAAUACCCCGUUUAUGUCAAAAGCAUGAAAGCGAACAAAAAUUUUAGCCUUCUUUUCACUGCAACUCUGCCAUAACCAUAAAGCACCAAACCCAAAAAGCAUCACUCCUCUUUUCUCUGUGACUGUUCUGGCAAAUCCAGAAAAGCAAAAAACCCAUGAAUCACCGAACCCAACAAAAAAACAAUUCACCAUUUCAUGUGAUGCUCUGAAACGGAAUCAGAACUAGAGUCCAAACCCGAAAGUUUCACCGGAAAAAACCCAGCUUUCUACCUGGAAAAAAGACGAGCAAAGGUUCAGUUUGAUUUGGCUUGUUCUCUGUGAGUCUGAUAAAGCGGCAGGCACAAAAAUUGACCGGAAUUUCUUGCCGGGAUAUGCAGGGAAUUGACGGAAAACAUUGCUUAAGGUUCAGGCAAGCAAUGGCGAUCAAAUGGGUGCUUUCUUUACUACUCUUCGCCUCAACUCUGAUAACUGGCAAAACCCAAAAGGCAGCUCGACUUCCUCGCCGGAAAAUGCCUGAGACUUAUCGCCUGAAAGUGCCUGAAAUGGCCGGAAAGUGGAUCGCUUGCCUCCUUCUCUUGUCGAUCCUGAGCAGCCAAGCAUCCAGUGCCGUUAUUUCAGGCCCCAUAAAAACCGUCGUCGUUCUCGUUAUGGAGAACCGCUCCUUUGACCACAUGCUCGGGUACAUGAAACGGCUCAACCCGGAAAUUAAUGGGGUAACAGGUACCGAGUCAAACCCCAUAUCCACCACCGAUCCCGGCUCUUCCCGAGUCACAUUCAAACUCGGUUCACCCUAUGUGGACCCUGACCCAGGUCACUCCUUCCAAGCCAUUCGGGAACAAAUAUUUGGCUCAAAUGAUACCUCGGCUCGGCCUGCUCCGAUGAACGGAUUCGCCCAACAAGCAUUUUCCAUGUCAAAUUCAACCGAUUUCGUGGGCAACGUGAUGAGUGGGUUCGACCCGAGUCAGAUAGCGGUUUACCAGUCACUCGUCACCGAGUUUGCAGUUUUUGAUAGAUGGUUCGCUUCGGUUCCGGCUUCUACGCAACCGAAUCGGUUAUAUGUUCACUCGGCCACGUCAAACGGGGCAACGAGUAACAUGGCUUCUUUGUUAGUUAAGGGUUAUCCGCAAAAGACGAUUUUCGAGAGUUUAGAAGAUGAGGGUUUGAGUUUUGGGAUUUAUUUUCAGAAUAUUCCGGCAACUUUGUUUUACAGGAAUUUGAGGAAAUUGAAGUAUAUCACCAAGUUUCAUCCGUAUGAUUUGAGUUUUAAGGGUGAUGCCAAGGCCGGGAAGCUUCCUAAUUAUGUGGUGGUGGAGCAAAGGUACAUCGACACUAAACUGACUCCAGCUAACGACGAUCACCCAUCACACGACGUAUACCAAGGCCAAAUGUUUGUGAAGGAGGUUUACGAGACCCUUCGAUCCAGCCCUCAAUGGAACCAAACCUUGUUCAUCAUCACUUACGACGAGCACGGUGGCUUCUUCGAUCACGUCCCCACCCCGGUGGACGGGGUCCCAUCGCCGGACGACAUUGUCGGCCCCGAUCCCUUCUUCUUCCGAUUCGAUCGGUUGGGUGUGCGGGUCCCGACUAUCAUCGCCUCUCCUUGGAUCAACAAGGGCACCGUUGUGCAUGGACCCAAUGGAGUACCCUUCCCUUCUUCGGAAUUUGAGCAUUCAUCCAUUCCUGCUACAGUCAAGAAGCUCUUCAAUUUAUCCUCCCCCUUUCUAACCAAAAGAGAUGCAUGGGCAGGCACCUUUGAGAGCAUAGUGCAAGGAAGAGUUACACCCAGAACUGAUUGCCCAGUGCAACUUCCUACACCAUCCAAGAUUAGAAUGGGGGAAGCCAAUGAGGAUGCUAAGCUCAGUGAAUUUCAGCAAGAACUUGUUCAAUUGGCAGCUGUUUUGAAUGGUGACAAUCUCUUGACAAGUUUUCCAGACAAGAUUGGAGAAAAGAUGAGUGUUAGGGAAGGGCAAAACUACAUGGAGGAUUCUUUGAAAAGGUUCUUCGAGGCAAGUUUUGCUGCAAUAGAGCUUGGUGUGGAUGAGGAACAGAUUGUGAAGAUGCGACCUUCUCUCACCACUAGAACUUCUCCAACCACAAAUCUUCCCUAAAAACCUAGGGACUUCUUGUAAUACCUUUUCAUUAAUAAAAGUUUAUUAAUAAAUAUAGAAAAAGUUUAUAUAA